AUGUCGGUGCUUGGGAUAGAUAUAGGAAAUGAAAACGCAGUGAUUGCAACUAUAAACAAGGGGGCAAUAAACAUUGUAAGGAACGAUGUGUCGGAAAGGCUAACCCCUUGCUUAGUUGGUUUUACUGAAAAGGAAAGAUUGAUAGGAGAUAAUGCAUUAGCAAAAGUAAAGUCAAAUUAUAAAAACACAUGUAGAAAUAUUAAAAACUUGAUAGGAAAAAUAGUAACCAAUGCAAAUGAUGAAGAUAUAGAAGUAAAUGAAGCAUAUGGAGAUUUAGUACCAUGUGAAUAUAAUUAUUUAGGAUAUGGGGUAGAAUAUAAAAAGCAGAAAUUGAAUAUAAGUGGGGUUAGAAUUUUAUCCACAUUAUUAUUUUUUUUAAUAAGACUAGCCGAAAAAUAUAUUGGUAAAGAGUGUUCAGAAAUAGUUUUAUCCUAUCCACCAACAUAUACGAAUAGCCAAAAAGAAUGUUUAAUAGCAGCUACAAAAAUUAUUAAUGCUAAUAUAUUGAGGCUUAUUAGUGACAAUACUGCUGUUGCGUUAGAUUAUGGUAUGUAUAGAAUGAAAGAAUUUAAAGAAGAUGUAGGAUCAAUAGUCGUUUUUGUAAAUAUUGGAUAUGCAAAUACCUGUAUAUGUAUUGCUCGCUUCUUUUCAAAUAGAUGUGAAAUAUUAAGCGAUGUUGCAGAUUCUAGUUUAGGUGGUAGAAAUAUAGAUAAUGAAUUAAUUAAAUAUAUAAAUAAUUUAUUUAUUAAUGCAUAUAAAGUAAAUCCCUUAUAUAAGAGUAAUUCUUCAGAUUUAUGUGAAAUGGGUACAGGAAAAUUAAGCAAAUAUUUUGUAUCUUCAAAUAAUGAAACUAGCCAAAUUGAUAAUAAAGUACGUGUGAAACUACAAGAUGUUGCAGUAAAGACAAAAAAAGUUUUAUCAGCAAAUAAUGAAACAUCUAUACAUGUAGAAUGUUUACAUGAAGAUUUAGAUUGUCAAGGUUCUAUUGAUAGAGGUACAUUUGAAGAAUUGUGUUCCAAUUUUUUUUUACCAAAACUGAAAGAUUUAUUAGACAAAGCUAUGGUAAUUAGUAAAGUUAGUUUAGAACAAAUACAAUCUAUAGAGAUAUUAGGUGGCUCUACUAGAAUUCCUUUUAUACAAAAUUAUUUGCAGGAGUAUUUUAAAAAAACAUUGUCAAAAACGUUAGUUGCUGAUGAAUCAGUUGCUAGAGGUUGUGUUCUAUCUGCAGCUAUGUUAAGUAAACAUUAUAAAGUUAAAGAGUAUGAAUGUAUCGAGAAAGUGACGCAUCCAAUUAGUGUUGUAUGGCAUCAUGUAAACGAUUUUUCAAAAACGAAUGUAGAAAAAUUAUAUACAAAUGAUUCUUUAAAAAAGAAAGUAAAAAAAAUUAUUAUUCCAGAAAAGGGACAAAUUAAAGUUACAGCAUAUUAUGAAGAUACACCAGACUUACCACAGAAUUGUAUUAAAGAAUUAGGUUCCUGUCUUGUUAAGAUUAAUGAAAAGAAUGAUAAAGUUGUAGAGUCUCAUAUUAUGACGACCUUUUCGGAUAAUGACACAUUCACCUUUUUGGGUGCGCAGGCUGUUAGUAAAACAGUUAUUAAAACAAAAGAGGAAAAGAAAAAAUUAGAUGAAAAAGCAGCAGAAGAGAAAGAUUUGGAAAAUGAAAAUGAGGACGAUAGAGGCAAAAAUAAUGAUAAGGAUAAAGAGAACAACAGCACAGUGGACAGUGUUAUGCCAAACAACACUAACAUGAGCAGCAAAAGCAAAACUGAAUUGAAGAAAGGAGAAGAGGGAAAGGUACAAACGUGCUAUACUGCAAUUGCUAUUGAAGCCAUAGCACCACCAGGAAGUUACAGUAGUAAAGACAUCUACAAUUUUAGUGAAGCUGAAAUUAAUAUGCAACAUAGUGAUCAAGUAGAGGCAGAAAGACUAAAACAUAUAAACGAGUUAGAAACUAUUAUAUACGAAACACGAGAUCGAAUUAAUGGUAUAUAUAAAGACUUUGUAAUAGAUGAAGAAAGAGAUUCCAUAUCACUAGCUUUAGAUGAUAUUGAAAAUUGGGUUUAUGAUAAUAUCGAUGAAAACAAAAAUAUGUUUAUAAAAAAAAAAGAAGAAAUAAGAGAGCUUAUAAAAGAUAUUAUAUACAGACAUGAUGUAUAUACAUCGAAAGAAAAAAAUUUAAAUAAUAUUAUUAAUCAUUUAAAAAAUAUUAUAUCACAAUGUGGAAAGAGACAAUCAGAAGAGAGCCAAAAAAUUAUUACUAGAACAACUAAAUUUUUAGAAACAAUUAAUUCUUUGCAAGAACAAGAAAAAGAUAAGAAAUUAUAUGAACCUCCUGUAUAUACACUUAAAGAUAUAGAAGGAGAAUUUAAUGAAGUCACACAGCUAGCCCAGAAGCAUUUUUCAAAAAUCGAGGCAGAAGAGCUAGCCAAACAAAAGGAAAAAGAAAAAGAAAAGGAAAGAGAGAGGAAGGAACAGGAAAAAGAAAAGAAAAAACAGCAACAACAGCAACAACAACAACAACAACAACAACAACAACAACAUGCUGAAGGAAAAUAUGCGGAUGAAAAUCAAGAAAAGGAUUCCAAAGACGCCAAAGAUAACGACGAAACGGACAUUUCGACUAAAAACGACAAUAACUGUAGUGCGGAGGAGAAGGAUAUUUAG